UGCGUGUGCUUCGCGGUACGGCGUCAUCAAAGCAACAUGCGACGUGUCCUGUUUGCAAUGUGACGCCAUCGACAUUGAACAUCGAAGAUAAAGAGUCGUGCAUGAUUGUGCGUGCACGCGGAGGCUGCUGAGCAGCGCGCUUCGCUCUCUCCUCCCAGCGUGAACGCGCGGCGACGAGCGGCGGAUUAAGGGCGCUCCGCAUCAUCAGGUCAUCGACGUCGGCCGACGGACAACAGCGACCGUCGAUGUUUUCGGCCGUGUUGCUUUUGGUGACGUCACGAGGUGGCGGCGGAUCAACAGGACACGUACGCCGUCGGCGAUUCUGAGCAACGAGUCCACAGCACCGCCAGAUCCUCGCGCCAGCGCGCGUUCCGUCUGACCCGAGACACCGAACCGUGCUCGGAACCAGAUCAACAGGAGACUUGAAGGACGAACGUUGUGACGGCCUCUGGAGAUGGAGGUGCGUGGUAUCCUCCUGUUGGCGCUCCUGCACUGCCUGUCGGUGGCGCUGUGUGGCUGCGAGCCUCGCCAGGUGAACAUCGGCGCAGUGCUGAGUCACAAGCGCUAUGAGCAGGUGUUCAAGGAGGCGGUGGCGACAGCCAAUGCGGCGUUCGGCCGUGACAAGUUCAAGAUGAACGCCAUCUCCGUCACGCACAAGCCCAACGCGAUCCAGAUGGCGCUGUCGGUCUGCGAGGACCUCAUAUCCAAUCAGGUCUAUGCCAUCCUGGUCAGUCACCCCCCUCAGUCCAACGACCACCUGACGCCGACGCCGGUCUCGUACACUGCUGGCUUCUACCGGAUCCCUGUGGUGGGACUGACCACUCGAAUGUCCAUCUACUCCGACAAGAGCAUCCACCUGUCCUUCUUGAGGACUGUCCCGCCGUACGCCCACCAGGCCCAAGUCUGGUUCGACCUGAUGAGAGAGUUCCGCUGGAACCACAUCAUCCUCAUCGUCAGUGACGACCACGAAGGCCGAGCAGCCCAGAAGAGAUUGGAGACCCUGCUGGAGGAAAGGGAGACCAAGACUAAAAACAGGAACUUUGAAAACAGCGACCAACACAACUUUGACUUCCGGAGAACACCGAAGGCGGAGAAGGUUCUGCUCUUCAGCCCUGACACCAACUUAACAGCUCUUCUGCUGGAGGCCAAAGACCUUGAAGCUCGAGUCAUCAUCCUGUCAGCCAGUGAGGACGAGGCCGCCGGAGUGUACCGGGCUGCUCGGCAGCUCAACAUGACGGGAUCCGGCUAUGUGUGGCUGGUGGGGGAGCGGGAGAGCUCGGGCAAAGCCAUGACCGAAGCCCCCGACGGCCUGCUGGGCCUGCAACUCAUCAACGGAAAGAACGAGUCGGCCCACAUCAGUGACGCGGUCUCAGUCGUGGCCCAGUCUCUACAGGAGCUCUUCGAGAAGGAGAACAUCACUGAACCUCCACGUGGCUGCGUGGGAAACACCAACAUCUGGAGGACCGGCCCACUCUUUAAACGAGUGCUGAUGUCAUCCAAGUAUCCUGAAGGACUGACGGGCCGCAUCGAGUUCAACGACGACGGCGACCGACGCUUCGCCACCUACAGCAUCCUCAACUACCAACAGAAGAUUGGCCGAAUGGUCCCAGUCGGAGUCUUCAACGGGUCACAGGUGGUGAUGAACCCUCAGAGGAAGAUCAUCUGGCCCGGGGGAGAGACAGAGAAACCAGUUGGAUACCAGAUGUCGACCAAACUGAAGAUUGUGACCAUUCAUCAGGAGCCCUUUGUCUACGUCAAACCCACUAAGACGGACGGCACGUGUAAGGAGGAGUACACCGUCAACGGAGUGCUCAUCAAGAAGGUCAUCUGCACCGGACCCAACGGCACCAUUCCAGGUGAGAGGAGGGAGAGUGGACGAGCCGGUUCUCUGAAGACCCAUGUGUGUUGGUGGCUGUGCGCAGGUCAGCCCAUCGUCCCGCAGUGUUGUUACGGCUUCUGCAUCGACCUGCUCAUCAAGCUGGCCAUGAGCAUGAACUUCACCUACGAGGUUCACCUGGUUGCCGACGGCAAAUUCGGGACUCAGGAGCGAGUCAACAACAGCAAUAAGAAGGAGUGGAAUGGGAUGAUGGGCGAGCUGUUGGGGGGCCUGGCCGACAUGAUCGUGGCCCCGCUGACCAUCAACAAUGAGCGCGCUCAGUACAUUGAGUUCUCCAAACCCUUCAAGUACCAGGGACUCACCAUCCUCGUCAAGAAGGAAAUUCCUCGUAGCACUCUGGACUCGUUCAUGCAGCCGUUCCAGAGCACACUGUGGCUGUUAGUCGGUCUGUCGGUCCACGUGGUGGCAGUGAUGCUCUACCUACUAGACCGGUUCAGCCCGUUCGGAAGGUUCAAAGUCAACAGUGAGGAGGAGGAAGAAGAUGCCCUCACACUGUCCUCCGCCAUGUGGUUCUCAUGGGGAGUUUUGCUCAACUCCGGGAUUGGAGAGGGAGCACCCCGGAGUUUCUCUGCCAGGAUUCUAGGAAUGGUUUGGGCGGGUUUCGCCAUGAUCAUCGUGGCCUCGUAUACCGCCAACCUGGCAGCCUUCCUGGUGCUGGACCGGCCUGAGGAGCGCAUCACUGGCAUCAACGACCCCAGGCUUCGGAAUCCGUCAGACAAGUUCAUCUACGCCACAGUGAAGCAGAGCUCGGUGGACAUUUACUUCAGGCGACAGGUGGAACUGAGCACGAUGUACAGGCACAUGGAGAAGCACAAUUACGAGAGCGCAGCUGAGGCCAUUCAAGCCGUCCGAGACAACAAACUGCACGCCUUCAUCUGGGACAGCGCCGUGCUGGAGUUCGAGGCAUCACAGAAAUGCGACUUGGUGACGACCGGAGAGCUGUUCUUCCGCUCGGGUUUCGGGAUCGGGAUGAGGAAGGACAGUCCGUGGAAACAGAACGUGUCACUGGCCAUUCUCAGCUCUCACGAGAACGGCUUUAUGGAAGAUCUGGACAAGACGUGGGUUCGAUACCAAGAGUGUGACUCCCGUAGCAACGCCCCUGCCACCCUGACCUUUGAGAACAUGGCAGGUGUCUUCAUGCUCGUUGCCGGAGGAAUCGUGGCUGGGAUCUUCCUUAUCUUCAUCGAAAUCGCCUACAAACGGCACAAAGACGCCCGACGGAAACAGAUGCAGCUGGCGUUUGCUGCCGUCAACGUGUGGAGGAAGAAUUUGCAGCCUUAUCCGACCGACAUCACUGGACAGUUGAACCUGUCGGAUCCAUCCGUCAGCACCGUCGUCUGAGAUCCACAGACGAGUCACUGCUUCUGCUGAGCCACACACACACACACACACACACACACACACACACACACACACACACACACACACGUUUGUAUCUCUAUUCUUGUGGGGACCUCUCACUGCCAUAACCCUUUCCCCAGCCUCUUCCCCGAAACCUAACCAUCAGCUUCUUCCCCGAAACCUAACCAUCAAAAACACAUGGCUCACCUUAACCAGGACUCUGAACCAAACUGAAACCCAACUGUAAUGACCCAGUUAUUUUGACGUCAUCAUCCUCAAGUUGAGGUUUAACCUCGUGAGGUGUAGCAAGGACCCCCCAUAAGGAAGUGUUUCCAAGAAUUAUAUGAUACAAGUAUAGGAUACAAGGUACAGACAGAGACAGCCUCAAACACACUAACAAACACAGACAAACGUUUGUAUCUCUAUUCUUGUGGGGACCUCUAAUGGCCAUAACCCUUUCCCCAGCUGACCCAGUUAUUUUGACGUCUCAAGUUGAAGCUUAAUCUUGUGAGGUGUAGCAAGGGCCCCCACAAGGAAGUGUGUUUCCAAGAAUUAUAUGAUACAAGGUACAGACAGAGACACACUCAAACACACUAACAAACACACAGACACUCGUUUGUCUUCCUAUCUUAGUGAGUACCAUCAUUGACAUACAUUAACAUAACCCAAUCCUCAGCCUCUCCCCCAAACAUCUAAAACAAAUGGCUAAACUUAACCUUUACUCUUAACCAAACUAAAACCCAAUUAUAAUUACCCAGCUAUUUUGUAGUUUUAACUUUCAAACUGAGGCUUGACUCAGUGAGGACCAGCCAAAAUGUCCUCACUCAGUUGAUUAAAAACUCACACAGUUCCUUACAAAGGUAGAAGUACACACAUCCCAACACACAGAAUCACACACACACACACAGAUUUGUUGUUCUAUCCUUGUGGGGACAUUGUGAGAUUCUCAUUGCCAUGGUCCUUUCCCCAGCCACUCACCCUAAACCUUACCAUCCUAAUAAUAAUAAUGACCCAGUUAUUGUGAUGUCUUCAGCCUCAAAGUGAGACAUCACCAUGUGGGGACCAGCCAAAUGUCCCCACAAUGUCAUACGGUCCUCACAAGGAUAGUGUUUUGUCAAGAAUCGGUCCCCACAAAGUAGGAUUAACAAAAUUAAGUACAAGGACGCGCAGACACAAACACAGAAACACACACAGACACACACAGCAACACAGAGAUACAGACAGAGUCACACACCGUUGUCGGUCAUCUGUAGCUGCCUGCUUCCAGCUAGCAAGGCUAUUAUUUUGAAAUAAGCUGUUUUACGGUGCUUUAGUUUGGUAGCUGUUGGUGUCGGACCACCAGUUCCUCUCAUCGUAAAUCAAAACAUCUGGACUGGCUUUCUGCUUCCUGUCUGUGAAACUAGUCAUGUCUGGCCCCGCUGGAUCUGGUCCAGCCUGGUCUGAUCCUGCUGGGUCUGGUCUAGCCAGACUAGGUUCUCCUGGGUCUGGCCCCACUGGAUGUGGUCUGACCUGGUCUGAUCCUGCUGGUUCUGGUCUAGCCAGACUAGGUUCUCCUGGGUCUGGCCCCACUGGAUCUUGUCUGGCCCGGUCUGAUCCUGCUGGUUCUGGUCUAGCCAGACUAGGUUCUGCUGGGUCCGGUCUAGCCAGACGAGGUCCUGCUGGGUCUGGCUCCGCUGGAUCUGGUCCGGCCCAGUCUGACCCUGCUGGAUUUUGCCUGAUGUAUUAUGAUGAGAAGGUUAUCCAAAUUUCCUUGCAACAACAUGAUGUCAUCCAUCAGAUGAUGGUGAUUGAAAGGUUGUGGGUUUGAAUCUUGGAGCGUUGUGGCGAGCAAAUGUUUCGCAGUUUUUGUUGUCUGGUUUUAAGCCAAGCCACGUCAAGCCAGCAUCAUAUGACUUUCAUUUUGACGCGUGAGUUGACUGCCGAGACUUUUUGAUGAUGUCAUGAACCCCGCUGAUGUCAGACCCGCCUACCUCCAAGACUGUGACAUUGUCUACUGUAUGGAUACAUUUUAGUCUUUGAAAAUAGUUAAGUGCUCGUCACUAGUUUCACGGCCGAUGUGACGUCUGUGCAGCUAAUUCAACGCUAACCGUUGGUUGUCAUCGCUUUGUACUUUUGCAACACUCGACCGGUGACUAGCCCAGUGAAACCAUGUCCAAACCCAUUGCAGCACGUAAAUCUUAGCCAUCGUGUCAGCAGUGAACCACUGCCGUGCCGCUAGCAAAACGCUAAAGGUGCAAUUGCAAGUCAUAACUAAGAACGGCAACAAAUGAACACCUGACUUUUGAAAUGUUGCUUCUGUCUACAUAUUGAUGAGAUGUCUACUGAAGGUACGUCAUGAAAAGACAACGUCACCAACAUUCGUGUUUAAGAGCUCCAUCCACUACAGCAGAGCUGGACGUUUAUCUCUUGAUGCGUGGAUCGUGGGCACGACUCUGGAAGAGUAUCCUCAGUUAGCAGCCAGUGCUAACGCUGUAGCGUUUCACUCAUUCCUUCAGCUGUACAGUUCAUCACCUAGCUAGCCGGCUAGCCGUCCUGUUACAAUCGCAUUGAUGUUGAUCUGCUUAAGAUGUUCAAUCACUUUGCUAGCUUUCGCUCACGUGCUAACAUGGCUCUCUACUGCCCCCUGUGGUCCGGACAACAAUCUGACUUUGUACCAGUUUUAACUGUGAUGUCACUUUUUUAUGUAAACACUGAAACUUAAUAUGUUUGUACAGAAAUUAUGAAUAUCAAGAUGGUGAUGAGGACUGAAACUGUAUGUUUACAAUCAUCAGUAAUAAAAAGUGUUAUGUUAA